GUCAAGUAGAGGAAAGAUGAGCAAAAUUUUACUUCUGAUUUGUUUGGUUGGCUAUGUCGCCGCUGGUGAGAUCGUCGUUGAUUCCAGAGCACUGCUCGCGCUGAAGAAACGAUCCGAUAUAGAUUUAUUUUCACUUCGGUGGUGUGAUAUUUUCUAUCAGGAAGAUUUCCCCACGAACUCAGUGUGCAGCGGAAAAGAAGAUGGAGUUUGGGAUUACUUCCCGUCGUGUUGCAACGGGGCAUACAACUGUCGCUUUGGUUCCAUAUGGAAUGUAUAUCUGUGUCCUGCGGGUUUUAUAUUUAAUGCGGCUAAGGAAGUUUGUGAAGAUUUCACUGAGAACACGUGUCCCUAUUUGGAAGAUGGAACUGGAGAAGAUGAUAUGUCUACCACCGAAUCUACGACGACGCAGGAACCAGUAGUCAACUGUAACAUUGUAGUGAAUGGACGUAUUCCACAUCCAAGUAAUUGCACUAAAUUUAUCAAUUGCAUCAAUGGCAGUGCCUAUGUUCGCGACUGCCUGGAAGGAUACAUUUACUACGCACCAUUCGCUGUGUGUCUACCUGGACUAAAAGAAACCUGCAAGCUGCAUUCGAUAGAUGAUUUAGAUUAGCUGUGAUUGCCCAUCCUAUCUUAACUAAUAUAAUUUGUAAUUGAACUGCAAUUUCCUGUAAUAAAGUCCUAAAAUGUAAUCACCCAUUCAA